AUGGCCUUUCGUCUACCACCUCAAGUCGCCCGCCGUCGCAAUUCCUACUCAACUCAACAAGUUCCUGAGCUUGAUAUUCCUUCUCCCCUCUCGCAAGUCUUCGAGAACGAAUCCACGCAAUGGGUGCUCUUCUCCCCGCCCCAACCAUCCACCGCCCGCACUCACACGACCUCCACUGAACGCACCCCCCGCACAGCUGGAGCAUCCCGCCUAAGUGAUUUCGGCUCCUUUGGCACAGCGACUCGCUCCAUUCUCGGUUUCGAGGGCGAUAACACGGACGGCGAUGUUGAAGAGCCGCUGGAUGAGGAUGGAACGGAAUUAGACAGCCUAGAUGAUGGCCUGCACGCUUUCCGGGCCCCCUCCGUCACUCAGGAAUCUACAUCACGGGUGAACCAGUCCACUCCAGCAGUACUGCCAGCUCACGAUGGGCUGGGGAGUUUCCAUGCGUCCAGUCAGCCCGUGCAGGAGCAGUUGUGGCAGCAUGAGCAGUUCAAUCCCCGCCGGCGGGGUGACGUGCGUCUGAGACGUCGCUCGAGUGUGCAGCGUCAGCUCGACUCGAUAGAGGAUCGAGAGGAGGUUGAUAUGGAGCAUGAACGCUGGCAACGUAUUGAGAAGUGGAGAAUGGACCAGAGCCGGGCGCUCUUGCAAGAGAUUGAAAAGGAAACACGACGGCGCCGACGCAAUAGCCGCGUCAGUGUGCAGACCGACCAGGUGGCUUCUCAGCCCAUUGUUUCAAGCACGUCUGAUGGUGCCCUGGAGGCACUCAAGGAGGAUUCAUUGCAGCCGCAACACGAAUCUGAGGAGGACGAGUCUUUCUGGCGACGUAUCACCCGCAAGGUGAUUCGGGACCUGAUCGGCAUCGACGAUUCUCUGCUUUCUGUCAUUUUCGGCGAGUCGUUGCCAGAUAUGGGGCCGGAGUACAAUGAAUCUGCAGGAACGGGCAACGCUCUCAAUCUGAGCGAGACAAUUCGGGAGCUGGACUCCAUGCCGAAUGAGCAAGGUCUCUGGCAAAGCAAAUUACUUCAGCGGAUCGCACGCGAGUUGGGUACCUUGGUUCACCAUCUUUGCGAACACCCUGGCGCCUUUACGACAUAUCUCAACGUCACGAAUGAGAUACCAAACGAGUAUGCAGGCAUACCACUUAGUCGUCUAGCAAAGGAGAAUGAUGCUGCACCGCAGGAUGCAUCCGCCGAACCUGCCCUCCACACCGUGAUGAGCAGUCAGGAGUCGAUAAUGUCGCCGCAAUUUUCGCCUACGAUGCGCGAUCCUACCGGCAGAGAGCAUGCCGCACAUUGGGGCAUCGAGGAAGAAGAGGAUGCGAGCCGCGAACCACUCGCUGAGUCUGCACGCCUCCAACAAGAGAAAGACUACUGGGAGCGCGAGCUGGACGUGAUGAUGGUUUUCCGCUACCUUCGCAACCGCUUCGGCCGGCGAGGUAGCAACGCCGACAGCACCCAUGCGUCCUCACGCCGUCACCCACAGGAUGCGUCUCGACGCGCGGCGAUCAUCCGCCAGCACCAUCCCCUCGUUGCACGGGCUCAUUCCCGCUCUCAAGCCCAAAUCCGACGUCAGUCUGGGCCCACGGGCAUUACAUCGCCGCUGCUCCGUCAGUACCUCCACCGACCCGGCUCGAGCUGUGCAAGCCAGACAAAACUCUCUGCUCUCUCCAGUCGGCGAACACUCACCAGUUCAAGCCGGAAUUACUGGGACAUUGGCGGGAGCAUCGACAGUGCGAGCGCCAUCGCACCCCCUGCAGCCGGCGUGGGGCUUUGGGGCGAUGUCUGA